AUGGUACUGGCUAAAAUGGUGCCAUAUGCGGCCCCAAGCCCCCAACAGCAACCGUAGUUACGAUUUUCAUCGUGAUUCUCGUAGUUCUAUUUGAUGGGUGCUGAGAAGAAAUGGCUCUUCACCCUUUUCACUGCAGCAUUCCUAUCCCUCAUGAUCAUUCUCUCUUCUUUCACUUCCUUAACAUCUCCAAAGCCCUUCCCCUCAAUUGUAAAUCACGGUGCUCUGUACCCUCCCGCAUUCGCCUACUUCAUCACUGGCUGCAGAGGCGAUAAGGACCGCGCCUUCCGCCUGUUGCUGGCAAUCUACCACCCAAGAAACCGUUACCUGCUUCAUCUUGGGAAGGAUGCUGGGGACGAAGAGAGGCGGAGACUCGCGGCGGCAGUGACGUCGGUGCCGGCGAUACAGGCCUUCGGGAACGUUGAUGUGGUCGGGAAGGCUGAUUAUGUGACGUAUUUGGGGUCAACGAACAUUGCCAUCACUCUCAGAGCUGCUGCCAUUAUGAUGAAGUUGGAUGAUGGUUGGGAUUGGUUUGUCACUUUGAGUGCCCUUGAUUAUCCCCUCAUCACCCAGGAUGAUUUGUCCCAUGUUUUCUCUUCUGUUAGGAGGGACCUCAAUUUCAUUGACCAUACCAGUGACCUUGGAUCGAAAGAAAGUGAUAGAAUCGAGCCUAUCGUAGUUGACCCAGCAAUAUAUUUAUCAAGGCGAAGUAAAAUUUUUCAAGCUACACAGAAGCGGAAGACACCCGAAUCCUUCAAAAUCUUCACAGGUUCACCAUGGGUAAUCCUGAGUCGAUCAUUCCUCGAGUUUUGCCUUUUUGGCUGGGAUAAUUUACCUAGAACACUGCUCAUGUAUUUUACAAAUGUUAAGUUAUCUCAAGAAGGUUAUUUUCACUCGGUCAUUUGCAAUACACCAGAAUUCAAGAACACAACAGUGAAUGGUGACUUACGAUACAUGAUCUGGGACAAUCCUCCACAGAUGGAACCACAGAACCUUAACAUCUCUGAUUACAAUAAGAUGGUAGAAAGUGGAGCUGCUUUUGCUAGGCAGUUCAGGGCCAAUGACCCUGUCCUGGACAUGAUUGAUGAGAAGAUUCUCCACCGUGGAUGGAAUCAAGCCGUUCCAGGGGCAUGGUGCUCUGGCCUGAAGAGCUGGUGGAGGGAUCCAUGCUCCAAUUGGGGUGACGUUAAUGUUCUUAGGACAGGACCUCAGGCAAAGAAGCUCGAGGAGUCUGUUUCAGACCUCCUUGACAAUUGGAACUCGCAAACCAAUCAGUGCAACGCUGCCACAGAAUACACACAAGAGUAAUAAAAUAUUCAAUGGAGUUGUGCAGUGUAAGCACCAUGAUUUAACGGACCAGUCAGUAGAAGUGACAAUUUAAUGGAAACGCAUCAUUUGGUUACCGAGGUAAUCUAAAAUUUGGAAAGUGGGUUGAUGAGGGUGAAUGAGACUCCUCGCAUAGUGGCCUUUGCAAGUUAGGUGCAGAUAUGGAAUCAGGAGACGGAUGUCGGUGGCUUAGUAGUUCUGGUGGAUCCUCCGAUACCCGUAAAUUAUUUUGAUGUUCACCCGGCUUCCAUUUUCAUCAUGUAACGUGUGUUCUGUACUGUAUGUCUCUUCUUCUCCACAAUGAUUCUCGAUAACUUGAGCAAAGUUCAUUCUUGUUGAGAUCUUAUUCUCCCUUCCCGUAUUCUCUCUUUACACUUCCAUGGUGCAACUACCCUCAAAAAUUGUCAUACGGAUUAAAUUGAACAGGUUUAAUCAGUUAAGCGUUUUACCAACCAAAAAAACAAAUCCAAGUAAUUGGCAUACUCUUCACCCAUCAAUCCCGUCACCUCACCGUGAAUAGAAGCUUGAAAACCAAAAUAAGGAUUACCACCCUCCUUUGCUAUCCCAUAUUUGUCUAAGCGUUGUUCUUCGUUCAUUCCUGCCGUUUGUCUUCAUUUCAUCAUUGUAGAGGAUCACAGAUAUGAUGAAAUUACUAAAUACAGUUUAACAUUUUAUUCUCUUUUUCGGACAACAAUUAUAGUUAAAUUUUGUUUUUACUGGUUGAACCCUUUGCAAGUAUAUUCAGAUCUAGUUAUUAGUGGGAAAUCUGCUAUAUCCAAUUAUGAUGUGCUAUCAUUUAACUUGUAUAUCUGCUUGUGAAAUCUUGUUAUUCUUGAUAAUUGGAUUAACCAACAAUUUAUAAUGCUUUUGUUGCUUUUAUGUGGGGUUGGACUCCUUAUCUGCAACAGUCAAUGACGAAAGGGGAGUGACAUUAUGUUACUCGUCCAAUGUAGCCCUUGUGUUCGAUGAGCCAAAAUUGAUUGCAAACUCAAGGAGGUCGAGAGAGAUUGUCGAAGAAGAAUUCGAAGAUAAGUUUUAAAAUUCAAGGAAUUAGGCCCGGACAGUUAUUUGGUAAAUUGAUGAGCAAGUUACGUGUUACAAAGUGUUUGAGCUUAAUGGCCCUAUAAAUU